ACCAGCGGAUUAAAGAAAAAAAGGUGGGCAUCAACCAGGUCAACCACUCUCCACCCGUUCUCCAAUACCAGCGGCGCCACCACCCAUGGCUUCGGCGGCGGCGAAAUCCGGCCUCCGGUCGCUGGCGGCGCGCGUCAAGGUCGCCGCACCGGCGAGGCGCCGCAUGUCCUCCUCCGUCCAUGACGAUGCCCAUGAGACGGCCAAGUGGGAGAAGAUCACCUACGCUGGGAUCGUGACCUGCACCCUCCUGGCGGCGUACAACCUCUCCAAGGGCCACCCCCAUUUCGAUGAGCCGCCGGCAUACCCCUAUCUGCACAUUCGCAACAAGGAGUUCCCCUGGGGUCCCAAUGGCCUGUUUGAGACGAAGGACCACCAUUGAAUAGCACACCAUCAGAAGCCGGUGCAUGCUUUAACAGUUUAUCUGGUUGUUCCAGUGAUUUUAUUUUCCAUUGAGACCUAUUUGCUGCAACAGGAAAUAAGAAUGACAAAAGUCGUGCUGACAAUCAGGUUUUAACUGUGUUAUUAGCUGUUACAUGUCUUGUCCUUUUUUUUCUCCAACAUCAAUGAUCACAAGCAAGGCAAUUGUUGUCUUGCCAAGUUUCAGGAAACAGUAUCAUUGUCAUCAAAAGGUUGUUACAUAUU